AUUACAUUUCAGAAUUUAUGAAACCUGAAGAACUACAUGAGAACAAAAAUGAUUCUGUUUGCAUUAGCACUGAUAUCAGUGGCUGCUGCUCAAGAUCCUGCUAUUGUCUACAAGUACUCUGAUGCUUAUGAACGAAUCUGGCAUGAUGCAGGGUCUGAAGCUGACCGGGAUGGGGCAGUUUGGCGCGUACGGAACUAUCAGUCAGAGUUCUGCUCUCUCGGAGAUAUAGCUACUGAUGGGUGGGGUCGUCCCACAGCUAAAGCAGUGUUGGUGUCACAGAGGAAAGCAGGAGCCCUAAGUCACCCGAUCAGGUUCUCUCGAGUGUGGAGGGAUUCAGGAAGUGGUGCAUAUUCUGACGUUGCUAUAUACAUGAUGAACGCUCCAUCUGGAUACACCUGUCUUGGAGGAGUUGCAAUGGGGAGUCAUUAUACGAAACCUGACUCCAGCAAGUACUGUUGUGUAAAGAACCAGUACGUAGUCCAGGCAGAUACGGUACAUACUUGGAACGACAAAGGCUCGGGGGCAUAUUCUGACCUUAGUUUGUGGACUGUCAUUAGGGCUGGGGGAGACGCUUUUGGAAUUGAUGCAGGAACCUUUAUUGGUGUCAAUGGAUACUCCAGACCGUCUUCUUCGUAUCUCCUUAGAGCUGACGGUAAUAAUGUUCGCGAUGUUUGGAGUCUGCCUACUAAAGAUGACAAACCACUAAACUUGUACGAAGUUGGGGAGCUGAAGAUGAUCUGGAACGACGCUGGAUCUGGAGCUGAUGCUGACUGUUCAAUCUGGAGAGCUGAAUCUAGAAGCGGGUAUUAUCCUGUUGGAGAUAUUGUUGUUGCCUCACACAGCAAGCCUAGGAUAGGGUUCCUGCUGAAACCUAAAAACGUUAACGACGACUCCGUUCGGGCACCAAUAUCCUACUCAAGGAUCUGGAAUGACAGGGGUUCGGGAGCAAACAAAGAUGUACAACUGUGGAGAGUGAACUGUCCUGGAGGGUACGUCUCCCUGGGAAGCGUCGCUACUUCCGGCAGUUACCCUAAUAUUGGUGACGUUUACUGUGUGAAGAGCAGUUACACUUCAUACGGAUCAUCCAGCAACUGGGGAUACGUUUGGAGGGACCAUGGAAGUGGGGCUAAUUCUGAUGUUUCGAUCUACGAGGCUCGAACAUCUUCUAGCUCCUUGCAGUCAGUGAGAGGGUUCGGAGCUGUAGCAAGCUACUACUCCUACCCCAGCUCUCCUUACUUCUUGAACAAGCAGUUCCACUCAUACUGGGCAGAGAAACCUAUAGAGAAGAUCUACAUGUACAACGUGCAGUACGAUCUCAAUAGCGAAAGACAACAGACUGCUCCUGUUAAGAUGAGCCCGACGGUUGUGGAGAAUUUCUCCGAUCAACCGCAAAAAUUGACCAGAACCAUCACCUACUCCAUAGCUGAAUCGAGCUCCUUUAAAUACAGUCAGGCGAUCCAACUGGGCAUAGCAGUGGAGAUCGAGGCAAAAGUACCUAUCAUAGGAGGAGGCGUAAAGACAACAGUUAGUGCUUCGACCACCUCCACAUUUGAAACUGGAAGCACCACCACAAAGACCCACACGGAUAGCAUCAAUGCAUGGGUGCAACUACCGGGACGAUCCAAGAUGACAGCUGUCAUUGUUGGUACCGAGUACAGAGCUGAUAUUCCCUACUCAGCAACUAUCAGGAAGGUGUACUAUGAUGGAUCUCAGGCAUAUGCUACGAUAUCUGGAGUCUACAAGGGCGUGGCCGUAAGUGAGAUCAAGGUUACUUAUGGGGCAAUUGAGUAUUUUGACUAAAUGGAAUGGAGCUGUCAAGAGUUUCCGCUGAAAAGUCCUUCAGCCUGAUUUUAGGCUAAAAACCAGCCACCAUAUAUUAAUAUAAAAAGAAGAAGACUAAUUUGAAUCUUCUUAUUUCUGGUUAAUAUUAGAAUUUUGCAAUUUGAAAGUUUGUCUCUUUUGUUGUUUCACUCUUGAAAUUGUUGUCUUACAGAAUUUCAGCGGCUACAUCUGUUUACAAGGAGAAAUUCAGGAAUUGUAUUCGAGCUAAGUAAGAGACGCUAAAUUAAUCAUUUUACAGCUCGUGUACUCAUAUUAUGUUGUAAAACCAAUUGUUCUUAAUUAUAAAAUAUAUUUUAAAUCUCACAUUAAUGGUGAUCUUUGAUCCUUAAAUACAUAAAAGUGUAUGCCAUUGGGACAAACGGUUUGGGAUAUAUAACACAAAAUCGAAAAUCGCUUUAAUCGCGAAUGCAGUUAUGAUCAAAAGAAAAUUAAGAAAAUUAUAAAAAAAGAUGAAUAUACAAAAAUAAUAAAAAAUUGUAGCUAGACUAGAUAUAUUAACUUGCUCUCAGAAGCAUAGAUCUUUAAUUUAAAUUAUUGUUAAGAGUUUUGAGGGGGGAGGAGAAUGAAGGACAAUUUAUGGACAAAAAGAGACUGAGAGUAGAGUUUUAGAUGAG